AAUUUUAAACAAACAUCACAAUGGCCAAAUUGGAAACGCAAACACCGGAAUAUCUGAAUAGCGAAUUCAUAAAAACUGCAUUAGAGAAUUAUUUGUGCCGCAAUGAAGUGAAAAUAAAUAAAUUUGUAAUAUCAAAUUUGGUCUCGGGUUCGGGUGAAAAUUAUUGCAGUGAUAUUUAUGAAAUUGAAGUUAAAUGUCAAUUGAUGGAGGGGGACGAAGAAGAGCAGUUAGAAAGUGUGGUGGUCAAAAGUAUGCCGAAACACAAGCAAUUGGUUUUAAGAAAUUUAAAAAUUUACAAUAGAGAAUUGUAUUUCUAUAGAAAUAUUUUACCCAAAAUGGAAACUUUAAUGAAGAUAAAGGACAAGAAUUAUGUUCUCGGACCAAGGUUUAUUUACAAUAUCUCAUAUCCAGUGGAAACUUUAGUGUUUCAAAAUCUAAAUCCUUUGGGUUUUCAUUUGCAAAGUCGUCAAACGGGUUUAGAUAAGAUACACUCUUUAAUGGUUUUACAAAAACUGGCGCAAUAUCAUGCUUUAUCACUGAGUUUAAAUGAAUUGGAUGAUAAUGUAUUUUCCAACAUCUUGCAACGUUAUCCUUUUGGUUUAUUGAAUAUGGACUCUUGUAAAUCGGAUUCCUUUAAGGCCUUAUUUGGUGGACAACUUUUAAAGCUGAUAGAAAUUCUUAAAAAUGAUUUGCAAAUACCAGAGGGUCUUAUAAAGAAGUUAGAAGAUUAUUAUGCUCAUUUUACGGAACGUGUUUUAAAAUCGGUGUAUCCUUUGAAAGGACAAUUGAAUGUUUUAAAUCAUGGUGAUUUGUGGGUGAAUAAUUUAAUGUUUCGCUAUGGAUCGAAAGAUAAUAGUAAGCCUACAGAAGUGAGAUUUAUCGACUUUCAACUCAGCUUCUAUGGCAGUCUAGGCUUUGACGUCAACUAUUUUCUAAACACAAGUGUUCAAUUAGAUGUCUUAAAACACAACCGUUCCGAAUUAAUCGAUAUCUAUACCAAUACACUACUACAAACACUAGAGACACUACCCUACCCUAUUACGCUGCGACCCACUAAAAGGCAAAUACAACAAGAAAUACUCGAAAAAGAAGCGUAUGGAUUUUUUGUUGCAUUUUCAUUUUUUCCAUUGAUGUCAAUGUAUGCCAACGAUUCCCAUGACAAUUCGUUGGAAAAUUUAAAAGAUGCAAAAUUUGCCGAACAAAAAAUUCAAUUAAUGUUCACCAGCAAUAAAAGAACAAUUGAAACGUUGAAAUUCAAUAUUAAACGUUUAGAACAAUUAGGUGUAUUGUAAAAUUUUGCAAUUUGUGUUACAAUUUGAAAUAUGAGAGAAAUUUUAAGUGAUGAAAUGCAAACUGAAAUUAAAUUUAUUGAGUUUGUUUUUUUAAAUGUAAAUUUUAGAAUUGUAGCUAAAUUUGCAAAAUACAUGUGUAUUUUUUAUUAUGAAUAAUGAUGUGUUUGAAUUGUUAGCAGCUUAUUGACAUGUUGAGAAUUAUAUAUAUAUUUAUAUUGUUACGUUUGUUUAGUUAAAUAUAUUAAUUUAAAAAGCUCACAAGAAAGUUGAUUGUUUCAGGAAUCAUACACACACAUUAUUUGUCUCGCACGCUUACAGAAUUUUAAUUUUUUCAAUACCCUACAAAGGGCCUUAACAAAUAUUUGAUUGUUUUGAAAUUUUAGUAAAUUAAAAAAAAUCUCAUCUUUCAAGUUUUUAUAAUUUAAUUCUAAAAAAAUUUUCUUUAAAUCAUUUUUAUUAAAAUCAUGUCUGUAAUCGUUUUAUAGUUUUUUUUAAUAUUUUCUUAAUUGUUUACAGACUUAUUUAAUUUGUUAUAUAUGACCCCUUCAGCCUAACAUUAGUUUGAUUUGUCUUAUAUGUAGCCGCUUUCUUGAAUGUUUGUUAUUAUUUCAUUAAAUUAUUAAGAAAUAAAUAAUUAAUAUUAAAAUUCUUAAA